AUGACAGGCAACGCGAGCGACGAAGCUCUCGAUGUUAGGGUGAAGAAUGUGGAAGAAAAGGCUGCGCAAAUCAAAUUUGCUUUCAAGACCCGCACAAAGCUGCAACGGCAGGAGCUAAAUUCGCUCGCCGACCAAAUCGACGCCUUGCGCAUACGCCAGGACAUGCCCGUCGCGGGCUUUCUGGGAAACGCCGGCAUGGCUGAGAGGCUUGUCAAGGAUGAACUGCAAGCAAACAAACAUGCUCGGCUGGCGUUUGCCGCUCAGUGCACGAGCGAUGCAGACUGCAUGCUCCAAGGCGUGCGAGAUCUUCACAGAAAAGCGUGUGAGAAGGCAGGUGCGCGCCGCGGAGCGGAGGCAGGCGUGCAGGAGAUUGAAGCAUCUGUGCAAGGCUGUCGAGAGGUUCUGCAAGCUCUUGGAGAUUCGAGGAACUCUCUGGAAUCGUCGCUCCGCCGGCUUCUAUCAGAAGCGUUUCAGGGUGUCGAGGAAACGAUCUCUCAAGAACGGCGCAUCUGUCACGACGCCGAGGCUUCGAUGAGCAGGAUGCUGGCAGAGCUCCGACAGCAAGCGCGCGGCGACAUCCGCGCGAGCCGCGAAACCCGCGAACAAGUCGAAGAGCAGAUUCUGCAACUCCUCGAGGACGCAUGCGUCAAAGUCGAAACGUCGGUGUUGACGAGUGGCAACCUUCCGCGCGCCUCGCCGUCUUGA